AACUAUCGGACAACCCAGUCAGAAAUGCAAUAUGGAUAAAUGGUUGAUAGCCAUCGAUCGUGGCAAAUUCGACAUCGACUCGAUUUUGUCCACUUAAUCGACGAAAUUUCGAUAUCGACGUCGAAUCGACUUUGAUUUGAAACUCCAUUUCUCACUAGGUUACGCACACCAACACCCAGAAAAACGUUUCCUUGAUUUCAGGUCGAAAUUUUCUUUGAUUUAUUUCCUUAGGUAUUUUCCUAAAUAUUAGGAAAUUUCCUUGUCAGUAGUUCAUGGCGUUAAACGCUUCAGCCUUGUUACAAGGAAAAUUCCUCGUUACUUCGACGCCAUGCGUGACUUUAGUUCUCGUCGCGCACACCGACCGCCGCAGCGAGAGCGACGACGAAGUUUGCCGUCACCGUCUGUCUCUGUCUCUCAUCACAUCGGCGCGCGAGAGAGGGAGAGAGACGGAUCGGCUGCCGAAGCCCAAGGCUAUUCGCACGCGCUCCCUGCCCUGUCCCCCACUACAUCACCUCUCGACUCGGCUGCGCAAAGCUUGUACGGCGGACCCCUCCCCCUCCCCCUUCUCGUCUGUCGCCUCAGACUCAGAGUUCCGGUCAGUUCCGUUCGUGUCGGGCGAGGUGGCGAGGUGUCGUGCGCGUUGUGAGCGUCGGCGUCAACAAUGACAAUCGAGCAAGUGAGAGAAGUGCUACGUGGAUGGGGAUAUUCGCAACUGAUCCCCGUUUUUGAAGAGGAAGAUUUUGAUAUAAUUUCAUUGAAAGCAGUGACAGAAGACUUCCUGAAGCCACAUUUGCCAAAGGUUGGCCCCAGACUUAAACUUUUGUCCUUAGUUCAAUCUCUAAAAGAUCAAGAUGUUGCUGGUGGGUCAGGAUCUUCAAAUUUGAGCGUUCCUGAUGCGUCUCCAGUUAUCAAUUCAGGCGAGGUUUCAUCUGCAGAGAAACCUGCACUAAAUCUAUCUGCAAGCUUUUUAGACACUGAGGACGAAAUCGAAGACGACCCAGGUCCUCCUGCAAAGAAGAAGAAGAAGAAUGCCAAGGGCUCUAAAGUAACUGUACCCAGUGUACCCUACCCUCAGAAAAAAGUAGCUUUGUAUACUCUAAAUAAGAGUAUUGAAGAGACGGAUAUUAAAGAGGUCCUUAACGGGAGUCCAUUGACCAAAACUGUGCUAGAGAAUUAUGAUGCGGAGAAAGGUCUCUCAGCCAAGGGACGAUCAUUAGUGGUGCAGAAAGUUGCUGACUACCUUCUCAAUCUGAGUGCAGGGGUCAAAAAUGCUCACUUCUUGCGGAUUUCUGAAAAAAUAGUGGAAGUCUUCCCUUUAGAAACAGUGGGAUCAUACUACAUUGCUCCAGAUGACAUCAGGGACAAGUCUGGGGGCAGAUUAGUGAACCGCUAUAGAAAUCAGAAGGACAAACUGAACAGUUUAGUAGGAGGAAGCUCUGCCACACCUCAGCCUUCAACAUCUGCUGCAGGAGCUGACCCAUAUCAGCAAUUAGCCUCAGGGGCCGGCCCGCUCUUUAGUGAUUUUGAUGCUGAUCAGUACUCGGCAGCUGAAGAGUGGCUUAAGACUCAAACUCAGCCUUGGCCCAAAGUGUUAGAGUGUUGGCGCAAAACAGCCCCAGAAAGGUUGAGAGUACACAUAGCAAGAUCUAAAACUGCAGGAAAGCAACGCAAGAAAAAGGCAAAGGGCAAGAAGAACAUCGAGGAGGAUCCAAAAGUUGUAGAAAAGUACAUUGAAAAUUGGCCUAUUUUGAAGCACUCUUCUGGAUAUCAACUGUUGACCCAGGAUUUCAACUUGCUCUUUCCUGAGAAAGAAGACGCCCUUUUUCUUGGGUGGAAGACUUUUCAAGUGAAACUGAUAUCACUUGCAGCGGAGCAGGUUGUAGAUGAUAAAGGUCUCGAGUAUUUAAGUGUACUACAGAAUAAUCCCACUGAAGAUAUCGAGGUUCUACUUUCCUGCUUCCUAAUUGCCAGUGUCUGUCAGCCAUCAAUGAAAACUACCUGUCCCAAUACAGGAGAUAUAUGGAAGGUUACCAUUAAUGAUUCUAGAAAUUCAUUCAUACUGCAUACAAAGACGUUGGCAUCACUGAAGGAUGAUCUCAGGGCGCGAGAGGCAAAGAACAAGAGAUAUCAGCUCCGCACUCAGCCCAUUAUUGUUGCUGUUGGCUCUUCAUACUCCAAGAUUGACUAUUACGUGUCAGUUUGCAAGUGCCUCUACAAAGUCAACAACUGUUUUGAGGCCCUAGAUUCCUGCUUCAAGGCGUUCUUUGCUCUUCAUGCUGAGUACCCAUUUGAGAGCGAACAAAUUUGGCUGCUAAUUCAACGUUGUGUGUUCAAGAUCAAGACCUCUUACGACAACAACGGUAUCCAAUCCUUUAACGAAUGUGUACCUCGUCUUAGCUAG